AGGAGGUAUAAACACAGUCACUAUGAAGCUGAGCUGUAUGCUCAUAGAAUGGGCUCUUUAUGUCUGUCCCGCUGUGCUCCUGGCAACCCAGAUGUCCCUGGCUGCCAGUUUGGAGACUCUGAAGUGUGAAGGACCGGUCAGCACUGAGCACAGCAGCUGCCUUGCUGCUACUGAGGAGGAUGAGGGUGAUGACGACAUGGCCCGCUCCGGUGAAGCUGACUUCGAGUUCAAGGGCUACACAUUCAGUAAACCCUUCCACCUCAUCGUUUCCUAUGACUGGCUGAUCCUCCAAGGUCCAGCUACAUCGAUAUUUGAAGGAGACGCACUGGUUCUGCACUGCCGUGCCUGGCAAGACUGGCCACUGACUCAGGUCAUUUUCUACCGAGAGGGCUCAGCUCUGGGUCCUCCUGGAUCUAAAAGUGAAUUCUCUAUCGCCGUGGCGCAAAAGUCAGACAGCGGGCACUACCACUGCAGCGGCAUCUUCAGAAGCCCUGGUCCUGGGAGCCGAGAGACUGCAUCCCCUGUGGCCAUCACUGUCCAAGAGUUGUUCGCAGCCCCAGUUCUCAAAGCCUUACCUUCUAGUGGACCCCAAGAGGGAGGCUCAGUGACCCUGAGCUGUGAGACAAAGCUGUCCCCGCAGAGGUCAGCUUCCCGCCUCCUCUUCUCAUUCUACAAGGAUGGAAGGUCACUGAGUAGCAGAGGAAUCUCUUCAGAACUCCGGAUCCCCAAAGCCUCAGAAGAACACUCUGGCUCCUACUGGUGUGAGGUAGCAACUGAGGAUAGACAAAUUUCGAAGCAGAGCCCACAGCUGGAGAUCCGGGUACAGGCUCUUCAGAAACCAGCUACUCCAGAAACCCCUCCUCCUGCAAAAACUCCUGGUCCUCUGCCUUUACUACCCACUCCUUCUGAUGAGCAGCCAGUAUUCUCCUUCUCAGACCCCUACCUUACUUACCGGAUAAACCGCCUUCUCAGACAAAUGCAAGAUGUAAGAAUUCUCCUUGGUCAUCUGGUCAUGGAACUGAGGAACUUGUCUGCCCACCGGAAGCCUGCCACCACAAAGAGUUGAGGACCAAACCCAGGACCUUGCGCUUGCUAGGCAAGUGCUCUACCACUGAACUAAAUCCCCAGCCCGGCUGAUGACCAUCUUAUAGUGCAUAAGACAACCCUUUUCCCCAAUAAAAAAUUUUUCUCGUCCCCAAAUUUUCUAGUGUUAAAGUUAUGAAAUGUGAUGCUAAUAAAUGCUAGGGGUUAAUUUA